CGCGCACGGGUCAGUCGCCGGAUGAGGAGCAGAGGAGCAGAGUGCGGAGCUGCGUCGGAGAGGGAGCUGCUGUGCGCAGUGAGUGUGAUGGUGCGCGUGUCUCCGAGGCGCGGUCUCCAGUUUAACGUACAGUGAGGACUUCAGCCGGGGGGACACCGGGAGGACCGGGGAGGACACAUCCUCCAGCCGCGGGCCGAGGGGAGCAUCUCUGCCUCCGGGAAGCUACUGGGGACGAACCAGCACCACUGGUUUCAUCCGGAGACCAUCGCGUGGAGACUUCGCUCCAAAACACACCUCGUCUCCGGGGAAUGCGACUUCCCCUGCGAGCGGAGCCGCGGAGGACAGCUCCUGUGCCGAGAGGAGGACGCACAACGUCCCGGCAACUCUUCACAGAGACCCCCCCCCAUGAUGUGAGGAACUAAAAGGUCUGGAAAUGCGUCGCAGAGGCUUCUUCCUGCUCCAGGUGUGUGCCGUCGUCAGCCUGAUGCCGGCAGCCGCCACCGCCACCGCCGCCAAUCUGACAUGUGAAGACCUGCUCAAGCUGUCAGGGAACUUCUCACUGGCGUCCCUGGUGGCCUCCUGGAACCAAACCCUGGGCAACGCCACAAGUCAGUGGAGCGGCUCUGGACUCUACUGUGACACCUCCAUCGAUGGCAUCGGCACCUGCUGGCCCAGGAGCGGCGUCGGCCAGAUGGUGUCGCGACCCUGUCCAGAGCUGUUCCACGGGGUCAAGUACAACACCACCAAUAACGUUUAUAGGAACUGUCUCUCCAACGGGACGUGGGCGCUGAAGGGGAACUACUCCAUGUGCAAGGCCAUCCUGGAGGAGAAAAAGUCCAAGAUGCACUACCAGAUCGCGGUGAUCAUCAACUACCUGGGUCACUUCAUCUCCAUGGUGGCUCUGCUGGUCGCCUUCUUCCUCUUCUUGUGUCUGAGGAGCAUCCGCUGCCUGAGGAACAUCAUCCACUGGAACCUCAUCACCGCCUUCAUCCUGAGGAACGCCACCUGGUUCAUCGUCCAAAUGACCAUGAGCCCCGAGGUGCACGAGAGCAACGUGAUCUGGUGUCGCCUCGUCACCGCCUCCUUCAACUAUUUCCACUCCACCAACUUCUUCUGGAUGUUCGGCGAGGGCUGCUACCUGCACACGGCCAUCGUCCUCACCUACUCCACCGACAAGCUGCGCAAGUGGAUGUUCAUCUGCAUCGGCUGGUGUAUCCCGUUCCCCAUCAUCGUGGCGUGGGCCAUCGGGAAGCUCUACUACGACAACGAGAAGUGCUGGUUCGGGAAGCAAGCCGGUGUUUAAGGCCCCAUGAUCCUGGUGCUGGUGAUAAAUUUCAUUUUCCUCUUCAACAUCGUGAGGAUCCUGAUGACCAAGCUGCGAGCGUCCACCACGUCAGAAACCAUCCAGUACAGGAAGGCUGUGAAGGCCACGCUGGUGCUGCUGCCUCUCCUGGGAAUCACCUACAUGCUGUUCUUCGUCAACCCCGGGGAGGACGACAUCUCUCAGAACGUCUUCAUCUACUUCAACUCCUUUCUGGAAUCCUUCCAGGGCUUCUUCGUGUCCGUGUUCUACUGCUUCCUGAACAGUGAGGUGCGCUCGGCGGCGAGGAAGCGUUUCCACCGGUGGCAGGAGCAGCACUCCAUCCGAGUCCGGAUGACGCAGGCCAUGUCCAUCCCCACGUCCCCUUCACGGGUCAGUUUCCACAGCAUCAAGCAGUCCACGUCGCUAUGAGAUGCCUGGUCCUGCCGUGCAAACACACACACACACUCGCACACACACACACACACACACAUUGAGGUGUGUUUUCUGCCGCAUCACUGGAGUUCACUGAAACACUUAACGAGCUUCGGCUCCACAGCCCGAGAGCGAGAGCAGCGUCCGGCUGCUGAACCUCCGGGGGGACAUUAGACUCUGAGGGACGAGGACGCUGAGGACUUUGAGACCGGAGGCUAGUGGGUCACGAGGAGCACGAGACCACGCUGGCUCUGAAUGUACAGCACUCCAUCUCCUGUCCUGUUCUCUGUUGUAUUCCUGAUUCUGCUGGAACCACUGGACUGCACUGACCUGGAUCCAGCGCUGCAGACACUGGACUCAUUGUUACUCUAAUCUCAUUGUUUAGAUUCUAUUUUCAGUUUUUUUUUUUGGUUGUAUUGCGUUGUCACAGUGAUUGUGUGAUCACCGUGUUUGUGUUGAUUUGGUGUUGUGCGAUCCUCCUCAGUUCUCUGUCAGCUCGGUGCAGUCGUGCUACUUUCAUCAACUUUCCAGAGCGUUAAACUCAUUCCUGACUUUCUACCUGAGGAGACAUGGUUCCAGAAUAAUAAUUCCAUGUUGGAGAAAACUAAGACUUUCUGGAUUUGUUCAGAUAUGCAGUUCUCUCUCGGCCGGUGUCUCAUCCUGCCGAGGGAUGAGACACCGGGAAAUUGUUCUGGAUUCUUUGAGAAAUAACAAACAAGUGAAGGAACCAGGGUGAAAACACGAGGUCCCUGGUGGAGGUAAUAAAGGUGUUGAUGUGAGGAAGCUAACGAUGAAUUCAAACCUCUAUAAUAUUUACUUUCACAUUCAUGGUUGAAUGUGAUGUGGAGCAAACCUCUUCUGCUAAAUACAGAGUUACCUCUUGUUGAGUCUCCAGCAGCGAGAUCCAGUGGAACCAGUAGAGCAGAAGGAUCUGUGUGAAGGCGUUUACUGAUUUCUUGUAAAUAUAAAUUAUGGCGCGGGGUGUUUAAAACAAUCCAGUGAAGUCGUGACAGAUAUGAACCAAAACAGGAAACACAGACAAACCCCACACACUGUAAACCACACGGGCACCUCCUCCAUGUGACCGCUCACAGUCCACAUUCCGACCGGUUUGCCUCACGCCUGUGCUUUUCUACCAACUGCUGUUUUUGUCAUCUUUCUUUUUGUCAUGGUGUUGUUUUUGUUGUCAUCAUGUCACAUGAUGUGUGAGUCCUGGUUGUGAUAAAGUGACAGAUUCAUAGACUGUGAAUGAAGAUGGACGAUGGGUCACCACCUCCUCCCGCUGUCUAGAAAUGAAGCUCUAGUAAAAACUCUGGUGAACAUUUGGCACCAGAGUCAGUGGUGAUCAGAGGGUUUCGUGUCCCUUCUGCUAACAUGGAGGAGGAGGAGCUUAUGACCUAUACUGCAGCCAGUCACUAGGGGGCGUCCAUGUUUAUUUGCAGUCGAUGUUCAGAUCUGAGAAAAGAGAAUUUCCCGUGUUUUAUUCUGAUGAGUUUUUUUUUACACAUGCUCCAAUUCAACAAAACUCUUGUGCACUCUUUUUGCAAUGUGAAGGAAGUUUCCCCUAAUAAUAAAAAUGAAGAUAUUUUAUUUUUUAAAUACAGAAAUCGAAUAUGUUUAGUGAGUCUGUCAGUGACAUGUUGUUGUUUCCAGCACAGAAGAAAACACUGACUUCUCCUUUUGUGUGGUGGUCAAUCGAAGUCACUAUGUUAUUCACUUUAUCAUAAUUAUUUAUUGUUAUUUAUUUCUAUUAUAUUGUUAUUUUCAUACUUGGAAAGAUGUCAAGAGAUAAUAAUAAACCUGGGUGUUGAC